AUGUUUGAUUUAGAUGAAAUGUGUAAUGGUCCAAAUGAUAGAAUAUGGGUAAUUAACCGUAUUGAUGCUGAUGCGAAAAGUGGUAUUAAACGAGAACAAAGUUUUCCAAAGAAAGUAAUGAUUUGGUUAGGAGUAUGUUCCAAAGGUGCAACACCACUGAUUAUAUUCGAUGAAGGAACUUUAGAUCAUGAACGUUACAUCAAGGAAGUCGUGCCAAUGGCUAAAAAAAUAUGGAGAUAA